AUGACCCAUCCCCCUCCGCUUGGAAAUCCCCAAACAGCGUGUUCGACGCAUACGCCGCAGUCUCCAAUCCGAUUCAAAACAUUUUGCCUUUUGCUAAAUCUUUCCAGACUCCUGAAGAGUAAAAGUGUCUUUUUUCCCGGUGCAUCUGCUGACCAACAAAGUUGAACCGUCCUCUCCCUUCUGAGCUGGGAAAUGGAUCCUGUGUCUGACGUGCCGGGGAGCCAGGAUUCUUUUCAGGAAUUAUGGCAGAAUGUUUGUCCUCCUCCUUUGGGAAAUGAUCCUACUGGGUCAUGGCUGCCACCUGGAGAAAUGUUGCCCUUUGGAGAAGACCUCAGCGGUACGUUUGAUGACAAUCUUUUCAAUAUACCGCUGGAGCACAUUGCCAUCACCGACGUGAACCCCCCGCCCACCACGGUCCCAGUUACGACAGACUAUCCGGGCGAUUACCAGCUUGCUCUUCGUUUUCAAAAGUCUGGCACAGCAAAGUCGGUCACGUCGACUUUUUCUGAAACUCUGAACAAGCUAUACUGCCAGCUGGCGAAGACGAGCCCAGUCGAAAUCCGGGUGAGCAGAGAGCCCCCGAAGGGGGCCGUCCUCCGAGCCACGGCCGUUUACAAAAAGACGGAGCACGUGGCGGACGUGGUGAGGAGGUGUCCGCACCACCAAAAUGAGGACUCGGUGGAGCACCGGAGCCACCUCAUCCGGAUGGAGGGCAGCCAGCUGGCCCAGUAUUUCGAAGACCCUUUCACUAAACGGCAAAGUGUUACGGUCCCCUAUGAGCCCCCCCAGCCGGGCUCUGAGAUGACCACCAUCCUGCUCAGCUAUAUGUGCAACAGCUCGUGCAUGGGGGGGAUGAACCGCAGACCCAUCCUCACCAUCCUCACGCUAGAAACCGAAUCAGCCUUGAAAAGUCUCCAUCUGCUCUUUUCAAUCUCUUACAGGGGGAUGGUUCUGGGCCGCAGGUGUUUUGAGGUGAGGGUUUGUGCUUGUCCGGGGCGGGACCGCAAAACGGAGGAAGAAAACCGGCAAAAGUCAACACAGCCUAAAAAGAGGAAAAUGACACCGAACACCUCCUCGGCUAAAAAAACAAAAUCACACUCAAGUGGUGAAGAAGAGGACAAAGAAGUGUUCCAUCUGCGGGUUGUUGGGAGGGAACGCUAUGAGAUGCUGAAAAAAAUCAAUGAUGGCCUUGAACUCCUCGACAAAGAAGGAAACAAAGUUCCCACCAAGAUCCCGUCCAGCGGAAAAAAGCUACUUCACAAGACGGACAGUGAAUAAAAAAUGAAAUGCAUGGAAUAUUUUUUUUUUUCUUUAUUA